GGAAGAGUCUCCUGCUAGAGUCCAAUGACACACUUUAACACUAGCAUAUCCUUAGUAGUACAGUAUUUGACGCGCACACAUCAUCACCACUCUGCGAGCAUCAACACGCCAGAUUCUUUGUCUUGGAUACGCCUGACCUAGUUCAUCGCCGGAAGCAUGUUUUCUGGAAGUGUCCAACCCAACAUCGUUUCCCUCUUCUCGUCUACAGGAAGCCAGCCUCUUUCGCUCUUCGGUGUACAAGUGGACACUGCUUUGCCAUCGGAUUCCUUCGUCCACCUUUUGGACGACAGCACUUCACUUCGUGCACCAUCUGGAGCCUCUCUGAUCGCACCACCAAAGGCUUACCAUGAUGAGGACACGGAGGCAUGUAUAGGCAAGCAGCUCCGACAGACCGUUUUGCACAUCCAAUCACCAACAUUGCGCACAACCUUCAUUCAGUGUCCCUCGCCUUUCUCGUUCCGGACAGACGACAAGGGCCUUGGGUUGAAACACGCGUGGCUGCAAAUUCAAGUCCGCAACCUUGGCCGUGAGUGGUCGUUCGAAGUGGGCAUAGUAGACAAGGCAGGCAAACAUGGAGUCGUAAGGUGCUCCACCUUUCAGAAAAACCCGACUCUCAACUACAAUCAUGAUCUCGCUCCGGUUCUCCAUCUUCCUCUCAAAUUUCCGUCCUCCUCGUCAAACGCUUUGACUGCAUGGUCGACUGUGACUGUACAUCUCCCGAGUUUCAUUCCUCAAUUCGCCUCCGUUUCCCGUGAUCAACGGUCGCGAACAGAUGCCUCUGAUGAGGAUGGUAGCACGGAGAAUGCCAGUAGUAUUCCCUCGCCACAGUCCUUGCCUGGUGGGGCAUACGCCCAUCUAACGUACGUCAAGAUCUACGCUACGUGUCGAUUGCGCAGAAUCUGGCUUAGUGGCUCUGCACCCGGUGCGGGAGGUCCGACUCCUUGGGAGUUUGAACUUUAUGGCGACUAGGUGGCAUUCGAGGUCCAGAUCUCUGUUCCCCGCCACAUCUAUGGCCCGCUUGCUUGUCAUGCAUGUGAUUUUUUAUUGCGCUUUAUCUCAACAUACGGUAUCAACCAUCAGUGUAUCUCAU